AUGGUCGUUGCAUCACCUUCGACGAGCGGCAGGCCAAUCAGCCGAAAGCGCAGCCGUUCCGAGAAUACAAAGAAUAACCCCAAGAGAGCGCGUUUGCUGUCUCCCAUCGAAGAAGUAUUCACAGAAGAGCCGAAUGAGCUGCAAGGACACAACGGAAAGGCCGAGCCGGGCGACCGGGCUGUGGAAAAUCGGAUCCCUGCUUCGCGUGAACCAAGAGCAGGUCGUGGCCGUGGUCGUAGCCGGGGACGUGGACGUGGACGCGUGCGGGAAAAUAACAUGAGAAAGCCAGGGCCAGCAGCAAACCUCACGGCUGCUACGUCACAGCCACGAGCUUCUUCAGCCACGGGGUUCAGUCAGGGAGGGGCGAAAGCACAACAAGUCAAGGCAGGGUCUGAGGAUGCGCCCGCACGCGUACCAUCGUUGCCAAGUCCUCCAGCUCCUUCUGAUCACGCAGUGAAGCGCUCCAACUCCCCGCCCGCUCCAGUCGAGGUGACUGCGACGACCGCCAUAAACACCUCAGAAUUGCAGACGCUGCCCGGCGCGACACAGACUGGUAACCAAGACGUUCCAUCGGUGUCCACUCCUCGCCUGAACAUACCCGACAAAUCAAGUGCUGAAGGCGAUGAUCAUCGUUCCCAGCCGACUCGUGGUCAGACCAAGGGGCGUCCACAGGCAUCGAAAGUCCCUUCCACUUUUCUGAACAAGGAGGAAGAUCUCGACAGCGAUAGAACAGGGCUGCUCUUCCGGUCGAGCGAUGGGAAAACUAUGCGAUUCACAGAGGAUGAGGAGAUCCUGCAGCCUAUGUGUCAGAACCCCUUAUAUGCGCCGUAUUUGUUCGAGCUGGCGAUAUGGAACAUCUUGGACAAGACGUUCUUCGCCCGCAACUCGGUCACUUGGGCGUACGAAAAUUUCAAUCAUGAGACGCACACCUUCUCCGAAAGUGGAGGGCUUGCGAGGGUGAUCAACAAUCUCACACGCGUGUGGGGUACAUCCACAAAGGACGAAACGAAGCUUUACAGCAAGCGGCUGAGGUUUUUCGAGUGGCGCAAGAACGCCGUGGACUUUGUGUUUGAGACCCUCAUCAGCCACGCGUCGUGCGAGCAAAUGGCCAACGAGAGCAUUUUCCACAUUCUGUGGACAUGGCUGGAUGCACUCAAACCGACAUUCAUGACCGGAGACGCGACAGCUUGGGAUACCUUGGUGCUCCGGACGACUCGGCUUGUAACCACGGCCGCGAACUUGGCAGUAAAGAUGAGGCGGUCACCAGACGGCGUGUGGAGCCCUUUCAUCCCUACUGCCGGGAGCCGGGCGGCGGAGGGAGCCGUGAGGGUUCACGCGAGGACAGAAGUCGCUCUGCCCCCUGAACAGGACAGUCUGCAGCCCGGCUCGAUGGUCGUGUUGACGGUUGUACCCGGCCUCAGCAAGUAUACAGUUCGUCGGUGCGAGAAGGACCAGACCUUUUCUGUUGUGAGGAGAAGGAUCAGGAGGAGAGCCAGGUGUUUUGUCGAUCUUGGUCUAUCUCAGGUGCAAGCUUCGUCGGCUUAG